AUGAACUUGGAAGAAGCAUACCCGCGGUGGGCCAGGUUCACCGCUUUGCCCAUGCUAGUGAUGAUAGGGUUGGAUGGCGGUAAAAGCAACAACGUCAUCGCUGCCGAGUUGCCGAUUUGGCGCACAAGAAAAGGAAAUUUGAAGAAAUGGCCGGGCCCGGUUGUAUCCGAGUAUGGAGAGUUGGAAGUUAUUGUAAGCUGGGGUUCCAAGUUGGCGCCAUUCAGGAGUAUACGGCCCUUCAAGAUCUGUAUGAAGGAAGCCAAAAACGUCGAGAUCGAAAAUGUCCUGCCUAUGUUCAGGGAAGCAGAUAACGCGACUACACCUCAAGAAGGGCAAGUGUCAACCAAGACCACCACAAUCACGCUUUUCUCUGUCUGUUCCCGAGUUCCACACAAUCUCUUCAGCUUUCCUCAUGGGUACAUCGAGCAAGAUUUAACACAUCCCAUAGCCAAGGCGGCGAACCAGUAUCCCGCCCUGUCGUAA